CAUGGUUGUUCAACUCCACUUCUUUGCAGUGCAGUUAACAACUUACCAAUGGGAUACCCUGUGCUGCAACAGCCUCCAAUUCCAGCUACAGGGCAACCUCAUCUUGACUCCAUGGGUAUAUCAAACUGUCAUGUGGUCAAUGGAGUCCCUGCACCCAGCAAUUUUCAACCUAUGCGAAUGAAUUCGGGGAACGACAUGGUGAUGGAAAACAAUGCCACUAAUGUAACACCUGCAGUUCCUCCAACCACUACCAUGUCAUCUGUGUCAGAGAUGCCUGUGAGUCCUACAUCAGUGGCGUCCAGCGGGAAUUUCCCCUUCACUGCAUCAGACAUGUCAGGGAUGGGAGUAGACACUUCAGCACUUGAUUCAGCCUUCACAACCGAUGUCGCAAGUUCAGUAGGAUUGCAGCUGGGACCUGAUAAUGGAGCUGGGAAUUCUAGAGAUUCCCUUAGAUCACUUGAUCAGAUUCAGUGGAAUUUUAGCCUCACAGAUCUGACAGCAGACUUGUCAAACUUGGGAGAUUUAGGAGCGCUUGGGAACUAUUCUGGUUCUCCUUUUCUUCCCUCUGAUUCAGAAAUUUUGCUUGAUUCUCCAGAGCAAGAGGAUAUAGUGGAGGAAUUUUUUGUUGAUUCUGUCCCUGGGCAGCCAUGCUCUCAGUCUGAUGAGGAGAAAUCAUAGAUCAAGGUGAGUAUUGUACCUUACCUUCUUAAAAUUGUUAGGAUGGGAUAGAGUUAGAUCAAUAAGAACAGCAUUUGACCUCUAUUCAGUAGGCAUUUUGAAUUGUUAGCAAAUUUGAACAUUUUAGCAGCGUAAUUUUAGUUUAAGCUUGAUCAAUCAAUAGCAGUAAGCAAACAGGAAAGCAGCCAAGUUCUCCUUAGUUGUAAGUUUUCAGAUUGUUGAUAUGAGACUUUGGUUUUAUUUGGAGAACCUGAGGACCAUUUGUUGGUAAUCUUUUGUUUUCUAACGACGAGGGAAUCAUUGCAAUCUUUUCCCCAUCCCACCUGAACUCUUUGAUGAGGCAAUCAAUUGAGCUCAUUCUGAAAACGGAAUAAAUUCUGUUAUUGAUGGUUGAAA